AUGAAUGAUAACAGUCAAGCUGCUGUGGCAGCUAUCCAAGCCAUGCAAAAACAGUUACGAAAGCUAGAAGCCGAGAAUUUUGAAUUAAAAAGAGAAAAAGGUCGCCUAAUUAAACUUUCACAAGAUCGAGAAUCAAAACGGAAAAAAAGAAACGAAAAACUUUCAACAUAUAAUGAAAAUGCUUCUCAACUAAUAUUAUCUUCUAGUGAGGUUUUAUCCCAGCUUUCAGCAAUACGUGCAGAAAUUGAAGAUCUUAAAUCAGAUAAUUCUCAAAUGGAAAAUAUCCUAAGAAAAGAGAAAGCAAAACAAGAAAGUUUAGAUGAGGAAUAUAAUUGCUUGAAAUCUGAUUAUGUCGCAAACAAUCAACGUUUAAAUGAAUACCAAUCUUUCCUGGGAACGUUUUUGAAACUUCCAAUUGCACCAACUGCAAUAGAUCUUAAUGGUUUAGUAAUCUUAAAUUCGAGUGAAAAUAAUUACGAAGCUUUAGAUGAUGACUUACUAGAAAUAUAUGAGCAACUUGAAGAUUUGCCAAAGAAGUUUAAAGCUCAGUCAUUGAGCGUUAAAAAGAAAAUUCUUCAAACGUACUGUAAAUCUCAUGGAGCUGCAACAAAUCUUGUUAACAAGAUAACAUGCAAUGAACAGCAACGAUUUUCUUCAAUACCUCAAGAAAUGUCGGAAGAAACGAAGAAAUUAUACAAAGAAUACUACGCAAUUAUUAACGAAAUGAAAAAAUUCGAAUUCAAUGACUAA